CGCAGCCCCGCCGGAAACCCGCCGCUCUCGCGAGUUCAGCGGCCUCGCGGGCCUUUUCUCGCGGGGUCGGGUUUCCGGGCGGGUCGGUUGUGGAGGAACGUGUCGUAGGCCUAGCUUCCGAGAGGCGGAAGUGGACGGGCGCGAGCGGCGAUGGCCGGGCAGCACCUCCCGGUCCCUCGGCUCCAGGGUGUUUCGCAGGAGCAGUUCAUGCAGCACCUCUACCCACAGAGGAAACCUGUAGUGUUGGAAGGAAUUGAUUUGGGGACAUGCACAAGCAAAUGGACGGUGGAGUACCUAAGUCAAGUUGGAGGGAGGAAAGAAGUGAAGAUUCAUGUUGCUGCAGUUCCCCAGAUGGACUUCAUUAGUAAGAACUUUGUAUAUAGAACUUUACCUUUUGACAAGUUGGUUCAGAGGGCAGCUGAAGAAAAGCAUAAAGAAUUCUUUAUUUCAGAGGAUGAAAAGUACUACUUACGGUCGCUUGGGGAAGACCCUAGAAAGGAUGUUGCAGAUAUCAGAAAGCAGUUUCCUUUAUUGGAAGAAGAUAUUAAGUUUCCAAAAUUCUUCAAAGAGGAGCAGUUCUUUUCCAGUGUUUUUCGAAUUAGCUCACCGGGAUUACAACUUUGGACCCACUAUGAUGUAAUGGAUAAUUUCCUAAUACAAGUGACAGGAAAAAAGCGUGUUGUACUGUUCAGUCCUCGAGAUGCCCAGUAUUUAUAUUUAUCAGGUACUAAAUCAGAAGUACUGAAUAUAGAUGACCCAGACUUAGCUAAAUAUCCACUGUUUUCCAAGGCUAGAAGGUAUGAAUGUUCCCUUAAUGCUGGAGAUGUAUUAUUCAUUCCUGCUUUAUGGUUCCAUAAUGUAAUUUCUGAAGAGUUUGGAGUGGGAGUGAAUGUCUUUUGGAAACACCUUCCGUCUGAAUGCUAUGAUAAAACAGAUACCUAUGGAAACAAAGAUCUCACAGCAGCAUCAAGAGCUGCACAAAUUUUGGACAGAGCCUUAAAAACACUGGCUGAAUUACCAGAGGAAUACAGGGACUUCUAUGCACGGCGAAUGGUCUUACACAUUCAAGACAAAGCCUAUAGCAAAAACUUUGAGUAAAUAAUGAAGUGAAUGCAAUGAAUAUAAACUUUUAAAUACGGUUCAGCUCAAAUAUUAGAAAAAUAUAACAAAUUAUAUUUAGAUUUUUUGUUAAAAGAGGAAAGGUAAAUCAAUUUCAGAUUUGCAUAUUAAAUAAGUACAAAGGAGUGUUUGUGUGGUUUUUAUACAGAUUAUUAUGGUUCAAAGAAUGCUAUUCUGGGAUCCUUCUUGCUUUCAGAUUCAAAUAACUAAAAUUCUAACUUAAAAUGACAAAAUGUAUUGAUACAUUGGGCUUUGGUAUUUUUUGUUGUUAUCCUCACCCGAGGAAAUUAACCAUUAAUUUUUAGAGAGAGAAGGGAGGGGGAGAGACAGAGAGAGAAAAAAAUACCAAUGUGAGAGAGACACGGAUUGGUUGCCUCUUGCAUGCUCCCUGACCAGGGCCAGGGAUCCAGCCUGCAACCUAGGUACCGUAUUUUUCCAUCCAUAAGAUGCUAUUUUUUCCUAAAAUCAUUAGACUGAAAAACGAGGGGCAUCUUAUACACGGAAGUCAACUGAGGAGGGAGCUGUGCGGGUGCGUAGCUGCCCAUACCUUGUCAAACAGGCUUCCUCCAAUCACAAGCUUGUUGUUACAUCAACUGAUGCCCUAAUUGGAGGUGGAAGUGGAGAGUGCACAGGUGCAACAAGAACUGGCGCUUUCUGAGCCCAUAAAGGUGUCAAAAAAAAUAAGAUAAAUACCAGUAAGCGAUUGUCUUACUCUGCAAAAUUCAAACUGAAUGUAAUCAGCUAUGCAAGAGAGCAUGGAAAUAGAGCUGCAGAGACACAAUUUGGACCUCCUCCCACAGAGUAUAUGAUCAGACAGUGGAGAAAACAGGAACAACUUAAGAUCCAAAAAAGAAGGCCUUUAGAGGAAAACCAGCAAAAUGUUUAAAAUAUUUUAAUUGUGGGUUAGAAAAGUGAGGGGCGUCUUAUACACGGAAAAAUAUGGUAUAUGCCCUUGACUGGAAUUGAACCCAGGAUCCUUCAGUCCACAGGCCAGUGCUCUGUCUACUGAGCCAAACCAGCUAGGGCAGCCUUCAGUAUUUUUGAUCCAGUGAUUCAGUAGUGUCAUUAGGAACCUCUUGGGUUUUUCCUCCUGUUUUCAACUGCAGCAUUGGCAUCCUCCUAAGGCUGGCUACCUUCAUGGGAUGGUUGCCAAUAGCAGCUCAGGCCGUGUAUGACACCUUCAUUUACAUGCAGUGGAGGAGUCAGGCUGUAUUCCAGCAGCCCUUUCCUAAUAUAAAAAAGCUUUCCCCAAAUUUGCCACCAAAUCCUCGGGUCUUAUUGAUCUAAAAUAGCUUAGACCUAUCCUGAAAGGACCCAUAAGCCAGCCUAGUUUACUGGUGCUGGAAGUAGAAUUCUCGUCCUCUGAGGCAUAUGUGGGCAGAAUGGAUAAUUGUUUAAAUCAGAAUUCUGGUAAGAAAGAGAAAGGUGGGCAGCCAACAAUGUCUACUACAUUAAUCUUUUGAACUUUUAAAAACAAGCCCAGAUCCCAACUUUAUAGACUUGGAAUCUGUGUUUGAGGUUUGAUGCAUAAUCAGGAUUGAGAACAAGAUAUUAAAUAAUAAUUUGGAUGAAUAGUUUUGUGAUUCACCCCAAAUGUUUAAUCUGAUCCUGGUUUUUCUUAGCACCCAGUGUAAGUCAGGCCUGCCCCUUUUCUGUUUUUAAAUGUCAUAAAUCAGUUUUAAUUUAGGCUAAAGUUUCACCUAAAAUUUUCCCCACUAAAUGCUUUUCCACCUAUUCCUUAUUUUAAAAAAGAAUUUUUAAGAAUACGUGAGAAAUCCCAAUGUCCUCAUUAGAGACAAUGAGCCAUUGUAUGUCGAUCUGUGCCAGUCUUUGUUUUGGACCUAGUAAUUAUUUGCACUGUCAUUGACAAUAUACUUACUGAACACAAAUGUGCCCAUCUAAAGCGAUCUGAGUAUGUAAAUUUGGUGCAUCUUAAUUAUGAAGAAAAUCAUUUUCACUAUUGAGAAAUAAUUCAUCUACUCAUAUCCUGUGUUUAGAGUUGGAUUCAUUUCAGGUAUAAAAAGCAAAUUAUAAUAGGAAAAAGUAUAUAAAGAAUUACCUGAACUUCCUAGGCAUCUUUGAGAUGUUGAAGUUAUUUAGAUUGUAAUUAUUAGCUUUUCAUGAAUAUUAACUCUAUUUGUCUUGGUACAUAAUUACACUGGAAUUCUAUCUAUUCAGUAAUUGGUUUCAAACUUGGUCACUUCCUUGGACAAAACAAGGGAAACAAAAUCAACCAGGCUUAUUUUGUACCUUUCUGUUCUUUUGAAUAGCAGUUAUGCGAACAUUUGGAAAGAACUUUACUGACAAGGCUUUUCUCUCACCUAUCUAAAGUUGCCAAGAGAUAUCUGAGCUGAAUUUGACAAAAAAUAAAAUAAAAA